AUGAACCACGUGUACAAGUUCCACGCUUGGCUUAUCAAAACUGGCCAACAGAAUCACCCUCCCUCCCUUCGACGCAUCCUACUAUGGUGUGCUGCCACACCAUCCCCGAAAAGCUUAUCCUACUUCCGCGCUCUCUUUGCCUACAUUCCCUCUCCGGACACCUUUGCUUAUAACACCAUCAUCAGAGCUCAUGUAGCAGACUCUUCUCCUUCCCAUGCAGUCUCCUUCUUUACCCAAUGCGUCAGCGAGGUGUUCUACCCGAUAACUUCACCUUCCCAUUUCUUCUCAAGGCUUGUGCUCACCUCCAACUGGGUCAAGAUGUUAGAUGUCCAUGCUCUUAUUCUUAAGCUUGGCUUCCAUUCAGACAUAUAUGUUCAGAAUGCAUUAGUUAGUUUUUACGGGGGUUGUGGGUCGGUUGAGCUUGCAUUGAAUGUGUUCCAUGCAAUGCAUCAGAAAGACUUGCUUGCCAAGAAUGUAAUGCCAGAUGAGGUCACUAUGCUUAGUGCGAUAUCCGCUGUUUCGAGCUUAGGGGCACUGGAAUUGGGUCAGUGGGUUCAUGACUUUAUAAACAAAAGUCGACUAAAACUUACCGUAUCAUUGGGUACUGCAUUGAUCGACAUGUAUUCGCGUUGUGGAUCUGUUGAUAAAUCUACUGAAAUUUUUGAUGAAAUGUCAUUGAAGAAUGUACAGACAUGGACAGCAUUGAGUACUGGCCUUGCUGUGCAUGGCUGCAGUAGAGAAGACUAA